CUCUCUCCAGUCAGAGAAAAAUUACCCUACAGUCCUCCACACGAGACUCCAGCGAUGCGAUAAAUACCGCACCUUUGAUACAUGCACCUUCGAUAUCUGGCCACAUCGCAUAGGUAUUGCAGGAUUAAACGAUCAAGACGUUUGGUCUGUAAUUUAAAGUGUUUUCAUGAUGCAGUUGUGGGACUUGUGGACCACAUUCGUCCUCUCUAAGGAUUUUUACCUGACUUGAGAAAAGCUUGCAUACAUGACAUCAUACUAAGAGGAGAACUGGAUACCCAGCUUCCCAAGUCCACCAGCACCCCUCUGUGGCCUGUGGUGGGUUGCACGUUGGAUUUAAAACUACCAAGCCAGUGCGAACCAUGGAUGACCUAAUCGCCAGACACUACAACUUCACUGGGAAAUUUCGCAAGGUCGACAAGGACCCGGGACUCAGAGCGGACUCUGUCGUUUUCAUCAUCGUCUGCUGCUUCAUCAUCCUGGAAAAUGUUCUGGUUCUCCUCACCAUUUGGAGGACCAAGAAGUUCCACAAGCCCAUGUACUACUUCAUCGGCAACUUGGCCUUGUCAGACUUGCUGGCCGGGGUGGUGUACACUGCGAACAUCUUGCUGUCGGGGGCCAACACGUAUAAGUUGACCCCAACACAGUGGUUCUUCAGGGAAGGGAGUAUGUUUGUGGCUCUGGCCGCUUCGGUGUUUAGUCUCUUGGCCAUUGCUAUCGAGCGACACCUGACCAUGCUGAAGAUGAAGCUCCACAACAAUGGCAAGACCUGCCGGGUCUUUAUGCUCAUCAGCACCGUGUGGUUCAUCGCUGCCAUCUUGGGUGGCUUACCAAUAAUGGGUUGGAACUGCAUCGAGAGCAUGAACAACUGCUCUACAGUCUUGCCCCUCUACCACAAGACCUACAUCCUCUUCUGCACCACUGUGUUCAGCGUCAUCCUCAUGGCCAUUGUCAUCCUGUACGCCCGCAUCUACGCCCUGGUCCGCACGCGGAGCCGCAAGCUGGUCUUCCGCAAGGUCGCCAACGGCCGCUGCAGCAACAAGAGCUCGGAGAAGUCCAUGGCCCUCCUGAAGACCGUCAUCAUUGUGCUGAGCUGCUUCAUCGCGUGUUGGGCGCCGCUCUUUAUUCUGCUUCUGCUCGACGUGGCCUGCCAGAUCCGCACUUGCCCGAUCCUCUACAAGGCCGAGUGGUUCCUGGCUCUGGCCGUGCUCAACUCCGCCAUGAACCCUCUGAUCUACACCCUGACCAGCAACGAGAUGCGCCGGGCCUUCAUCAAGAUGCUCCACUGCGGUGUGUGUGACCAAGCGGCGGGCAAGUUCUCCCGGCCCAUCAUGGGCGCAGAGUUCAGCAGGAGCAAGUCGGACAACUCCUCCCACCCCAAUAAGGACGAGCCUGAAUACUCGCCCAGGGAAACCAUAGUGUCUUCUGGGAAUAUCACCUCUUCUUCUUAAAGGGACUUUUUGUGUACAUUUACGUCUCGAGUGUGUGUGUGUGUGUGUGUGUGUGUGUGUUGGUGUGCAAGUGAGUGUGUUUGUCUAGCGCGCUCGUUGUUUGUGAUCCGUAACGGUAGUGGAAGGCUGGGAGAAACCAGGAUUUGUUGGAAGUCUUGGCUUGCGCCUGCAUUAAAGACUUCGUCUUCUGCGGUUCCUGACAGAUCGCCUGAACUUUUCUGCAACUUAGGGAAGCACUUAACCAACCAUUGUUCAGUUUUUUUUUUUCUUUUAUCCCUGUCAAAUGGAAACAUGUAGACAAGCACUUUUCGGGGAAUUGCUCCUUGAGAACCAACAUAGGCAUUACUGACUCUGUCUAAAAUGGAUUGAUGUGAAACAUACUAGCUUGUUAUGGUUGUUUGUACUACAUUUUUGAGAUUAAAUUCGAGAAAUGCAGUCAAGAGGAACUUGCAUUUCUUUGAGUUAACCCUAUUUGGUAUUAGGAUGUUAUUUCGCCCCUGAUCCAGAAUGUAUUUUGUAUAUGUAUUUGUUUUUCUUCACCUUUCAACAAAUAAACUGUUGUUGUAGAAGAGUGUGCGUGUACAUUAGCUGCCAAUAUUAAUUUAUAUUGAAACAGUUCCAAUAAAUUUGAAACUCGGAGGGAUGGAAAUAAGUGUUGUGUUCAUUAAUUGUAAAUAUAUUUUAUUCGUUUACUUUGGUAGUACGCCAUGUAUCAUAGCUCGUGCACAUUGAUCUAUCCUGCAGGGGUAGUUUUGUCUUUGGUGGGUUGCAUGGCACCUCAGCUCUAAUGAAGUCUUUUUUUUUUUUUUUGAUGGGAUGGAAAGGUCUGAAGAAUUUAAGAUUAAUGUCUAUGUGAAUUUUCUGUUGGCAUGUCAUGAUACAACAGACUCAAUGUACAGGCUUGUAUUUAUCCAUCUGUUCCUCAUAUAUACAAUCAAAUCAUGAGCCAGUUUAUCCCUGUUCAGUGUUGCACAUUGUAACAUCUAGUCCAUGCGUUUGUGUUCUGUUAGUUGUUAAUAAAUAUUGUUGAAGAAAAAGCAA